GACGAGGAUGAGGAUGCUGCAGCUGACUUCUGAGGAGUUUGGACUCAGACAUGAGAGGCAGCAUCCCAGCAUCUGAAGCUCAACAUCUCCAACUUCACUGUGUGUGAGUGAGUGUGUGUGUGUGUGUGUGUGUGUGUGUGUGUGCGCGACAGAGAGAGAGCGUUGAUGUGUGUGAAGCCAUGGCGAGCGCUCAGCCAGGCGUCCACGCUCUGAAACUUCAGCCUCCGUCCGUCUCCCAGACCCUGAGGACCGGGAGCAACUUCAUCAAAUGGGACGAGGAUCUCUCCACUGUCAGCCCCGUCACUCUGUUUGUGGAUCCUCAUGGAUUCUACCUCUACUGGUCAGACCAGAACAAGGACACGGAGCUGUUGGACUUGACCCUGGUGAAGGAUGUCAGGACGGGCCGAAGCACCAAAACACCGAAGGAGGCCAAGCUGCGGGAGCUGCUGGAUGUGGGGAAUCUGGUCGGUCGACUGGAGAACCGGAUGGUUACCGUGGUUACGGCUUCAGACCUCGUCAACGUCAACCAGCUUAACUUCAUCGCUUCACAGGAGGAGGAGGCCAAGGCCUGGUGUGAGGAGCUGUUUUCUCUGUCUUCCAACCUGCUGAGCAACAAUCUGAACAGAGACCACAGCCUGCUGAAAGCGUAUGUCAGAUUAACUCUUCAACCCAACGCUGAGGGCAGGAUCCCGGUGAAGAACAUCGUCCGCCUGUUUUCCUCCGACAGGAAGAGAGUGGAGAACGCUCUGGAGAACUGCAGGCUGCCCUACGGACGGGGUGACAGCAUCAAACUGGAGGACUUCACGCUGGACGUUUACCGGAACUUCCUGGAGAGUUUGUGUCCGCGCCCGGAGCUCGGGAACAUCUUCAAACUGCAAGGAGGGAAGGACGGAGCACUGUCCAUCGACCAGAUGACCGACUUCAUCAAUAACAAGCAGCGAGACCCUCGACUCAACGAGAUCCUCUACCCGCCUCUCCGGCCCGCCCAGACCCACGCCGCCAUGGAGCGCUACCAGCAGGACCAGGACCAGCUCAGACAGGGCCUGAUCUCUCUCCAGGCGUUCUCCAGUUAUCUGUCCAGUGAUGAAAACGGCGUCAUUCCUCCAGAGAAGCUGGAUCAGUCGGAGGACAUGAGCUUCCCUCUGUCCCACUACUUCAUCAAGUCGUCACACAACACGUACCUGACAGCCGGCCAGCUGGCAGGAAGCUCGUCGGUGGAGAUGUACCGGCAGGUUCUCCUGGCCGGCUGCCGCUGUGUGGAGUUAGAUGUCUGGAAAGGACGAACGGCGGAGGAGGAGCCGGUCAUCACUCACGGAUUCACCAUGACGUCUGAGAUCUCUUUCAAGGAGGUGAUUGAAGCCAUCGCAGAGUGCGCCUUCAAGACGUCGCCCUUCCCUGUCAUCCUCUCCUUCGAGAACCACGUAGACUCUUUGAAGCAGCAGGCCAAGAUGGCUGAAUACUGCCGCUCCAUUUUUGGAGAUGCUCUGCUGAUUGACCCUCUGGACAAAUAUCCACUGGAGUCGGGCGUCCCGCUGCCCAGUCCUCAGGAACUGAUGGGAAAAAUCCUCAUCAAGAACAAGAAAUCCCACAAACCCGCCAACAACGCCGACACCAAGCGACUGACGGACCAACCUGCCAAUCAGAGCAACGAGCCGCUGUCUCCUAGCAACAACACAGGAGAGAUGGAGGCUGAGAGUGAGGAAGAUGAUGAUGAUGAAGAUGAUGAUGGUAAAAAGGGCUCGGCCGAGCGGGAGGCCGUGGCCACGGAGGAGAUGUCCACGCUGGUCAACUACGUCCAGCCCACCAAGUUCAACUCCUUCGAAGCCUCCAAGAAGGCAGCCCGCUGCUACCACAUGUCGUCGUUCGUGGAGACCAAAGCGUUGGAGCAUCUCACCAAGUCGCCGGUGGAGUUCGUGGAGUAUAAUAAGUCCCAGCUGAGCCGGAUCUACCCCAAAGGAACCAGAGUGGACUCGUCCAACUUCAUGCCGCAGCUGUUCUGGAACGCCGGCUGCCAGCUGGUGGCGCUCAACUACCAAACCAUAGAUCUGUCCAUGCAGCUCAACCUCUUCAUGUUCGAGUACAACGGCCGCAGCGGCUACAGGCUGAAGCCGGAGUUCAUGAGGCGGCCGGACAAACACUUCGACCCGUUCACGGAGAACACGGUGGACGGCAUCGUGGCCAACACCCUCUCAGUGAAGGUGAUUUCGGGCCAGUUUGUGACGGAGCGGAGGGUGGGGGUGUACGUGGAGGUGGAGAUGUUCGGCCUUCCAGCAGACACCCGGAGGAAAGCCCUGAAGACCAAGACGUCCCAGAACAACAACGCCAUCAACCCAGUGUGGGACGAGGAGCCCAUCGUCUUCAAGAAGGUGAUUCUUCCCACUCUGGCCUCGCUGAGAAUCGCUGCCUUUGAGGAAGGAGGGAAGUUCAUCGGCCAUCGAAUCAUCCCGGUUUCCGCCAUCAGACCAGGUUAUCGAUACAUCGGCCUGCGGAACGAGAAGAACCAGUCCCUGAUCCUGCCGGCGGUGUUCGUCUACAUCGAGGUCAAAGACUACGUCCCCGACACCUUCGCAGAUGUGAUCGAGGCUCUGUCCAACCCCAUCCGCUACGUCAACCUGCUGGAGCAGCGGUCCAAGCAGCUGGCCGCCCUGACGCUGGAGGACGGCGAGGAGGACGUGCAGCCCGAGGACGAGGUGGAGAGCUGCAGAGCAGCGGAGCGGAAGAACGACCCCAGAUCGGCGCCGCUGGAGAACGGGCUGAGCCCGGCGUCCGGACCGGCAGGCCACACCCCCGUCGCCACCACGCCCAAAUCCUCCGCCACCAAUCAGCAAGCGGCGGCCACAGACGCUCCCAAACCGGCGGCCAAGACCGAAGACCUGGUCCUCAGCGUCCUGAUCGAGGUGCCGGUGUGCAGCCUGGAGAACCUGCAGCAGUCCAAAGGUCACCAGAAGGAGCAGAGGAGGCAGUUCAAGGAGCUGAAGGAGCUGGUGAGGAGGCACCAGAAGAAAACCUCCGAGCUGCUCAGAGACUUCAGCAGCAGGAACAAGAAGACGGCGCGGCAGCGCAGCAAGGCCAGGGCGUCGGACACCGAGAAAGACGAGCGUCUCCAGCAGCUGAGGGACGAGCAGCACCAGCAGCUUCUGGCUCUGAGGCAGGAGCAGUACUACAGCCAGAAGUACCUCCAGAGGGAGCACAUCAAGACGCUGACAGAACGACUGACCAGCAUGGCCGAAGAAAUCCACAACUCCCAGAUGAAGAAGCUCAAAGACAUCUGUGACAAGGAGAAGAAGGAGCUGAAGAGACAGAUGGACCGAAGGAGAACCGAGAAGAUCAACCAGGCCAAGACCAAAGAGAAACACCUGGCGGAGGAGGAGAAGAUUGAGAUCAAUAAGUCCUACGUCAACGAGGUGGUCCAGAACAUCAAACGGCUGGAGGAGACGCAGGCGAAGCGUCACGAUCAGCUGGUGGAGCAACACAACCAGCUGCUGGCCGAGAUCCAGGAGCUGAAGCCCAAGCUGCAGGCCGCUGUGGAGGCGGAGUUUCAGGAGAAGUUCCAGUGUUUACCCGGCGAGAUCGAAGACUUCCUGCAGGACAGGAAGACGGAGGUCAGGGGUCACAGCAAGUCCCGGUCGUCCACGCCGCACGAGGCGCUGUCGGAGGAGGACUGAGG